ACCCCUCCCACCUAAACUAAAACGCCGUUACUCAGUAACCACCUUUCCCGUUAAGUCACGUGCUUCCUUCUCCCAUCUCCAUCUCCAUCUCCAUGGCUCUUGAGCGAUUGACCCUCGCCCCCGUCCUCCUUGACACCGCCGACCCCCUUCCCAACGGCGCCGAAGAUAUCAACAAGCCUCCCAGGUUGCCUCGAUGGACCAGGCAAGAGCUUCUUGUACUUAUACAAGGCAAGAGAGUCGCAGAGAAUCGCGUUCGCAGGGGCAGGACCGCCGUUCUUGCCUUCGGCUCAUCUCAGGUCGAACCCAAAUGGUCCUCUGUCUCCUCUUACUGUAAGCGUCAUGGUGUUAACCGGGGUCCCGUUCAGUGCCGGAAAAGAUGGAGCAAUCUCGCCGGAGAUUUCAAGAAGAUCAAGGAAUGGGAGUCCCAGAUCAAAGAGGAAGCUGAAUCUUUCUGGCUUAUGAGAAAUGAUUUGAGGCGAGAGAGAAAGUUGCCUGGAUUUUUCGAUAGAGAAGUGUAUGAUAUACUGGAUGGUGGAGGACCCUCUUCUGCCGCCGGAGACAAGUCUUUGGUUCUUUCACUAGCACCAUCAAAUGAUGAGACAGAGAACGAGGCUGUGUUCGAUAGUGGGAGGACGGCAGCUGCAGACGAUGGUUUGUUUUCUGACGAGGUCUUGGGUACUCCGGAGAAAGAUACAGAUGCUCCAACUCCAACUCCAACUCCAACUCCGAUUUCAGCGACACAUUUUGAGCCAUUUUCUCCAGCAGCAGCCACAACACAAGAUAAAUCAAGUAUCCCAAACCCUGAAGAAGCCCAUGAGGAAGGAAGGAAGAGGAAGCGGCCAGCCACAGACACAGACACAAACACAAACGAGGUGGAAAUGUCUAUACAGAAUCAAUUGAUUGAAGCCAUGGAAAGAAAUGGCAGAUUGCUUAGCUCCCAACUUGAAAUUCAGAACACCAACUCCCAGCUAGAUAGGGAACAACGCAAAGAUCAUGCAAAUAGCCUAUUUGCUGUUCUUAAUAAGCUUGCAGAUGCUAUGGUCAGGAUUGCAGAUAAGUUAUAGUCACAGACAGCCACUCAUAUACCCUUCAAUUCUUCUACCGGCUGAGAAAUUAUUCAGAUAAACACUACUCAAAUAUAUUUGUAUUAUUCCUCCUUUUCUCAUUGCUUAUAGUAUAGGUGUUAUACAC